CCCUCCAGCCCUCGCUCGGGCCUGCCGUGCCUCGCCUCACGUCUCCCCGGCCACUCUCCGGCCAUGGCUGCGGCGGGCGAGGAGGGCGGCGGCGACGCCCCGACGACGCCUCUGCGCCCCGCGCCUCACCCGCUCGGCGACGGCGGAGGAGGAGAGCCCGCGGCGGGUCUGUGGCCGGCCUUGCUGGUGGCGCUGGUGGCGGCGCUCCUCGCCUGGCUGUGGUACGGCCGCGGAGACGGCAAGGGGAAGGAGGAGGAGGCCGCCCGGGGGUCCCCUCAGCGCGGAGACCGAGGUACGGCGCCUGGUUCCCUCCCUCCCUGAGGGGAACUCCAUAAUAAUAAUAAUAAUAAUACUGAAUGACAAUAAUAACUUUUAUUCUUUCUACCCCGCCCCUCUGACUGCGUUGCAAAGUUUUCCUGGCUCCCCUCCUCUCCUAACUUCUUCCUUUCCUGCCCCGUUUCGUCCCUCAGGGGUUUUUUGGGGGGUUCUCCUCGCUGAACCCCAUGUCUUGGAGGGGUGUGAACCCCCUCCUGGGGUUUUCUCUCUUCUCCCCGCAAGGGAUUGCGUGCAUCAUGCGCUUUCCACGCCGGCCCCGCUUUCCCUUCUUCACGUGUCUCCGGUGGUCUUGAGAAGGGCGCGCGAGUCGGGUUAGGGAAAAAAAACCCCAAAUUAAAUCUGCCCUCCGUGCAUUGGAGAGCUUCUAGGUCAACCUACUCCUUUGGCUAUAAUCUUUCUCCCCCCCCAUCCACUCCCGCAAAGUAUGUGUUGUGGGGAGGGUGGGUGAGUUAAAGGGGGGGUUCAACCCCUCCACUUUGGUUUUUAUUUUUUAAUUUAUUCAUUAAAUUUGUAUAUUGCAAAUUUAUACCUGCACCCCGGUAUAUAACACAUGCAACUAUGUAAGGGAUGUUCGGCACGGCAGGGGAACAGAAAGGCUGUGGACUCUCUUUCCUCCGAGGUUUCAAAGCAGAGGUUGGAUGGUCCUCUGUCAUGUAUGAGCUGGUUGAGAUUCCUGCAGGGGGUUGGACUAGAUGAUCCUUAGGGUCUCUUCCAGCUCUUCAGUUCUGUGAUUCUACACUCCUUGGAGAAGCCUCCCCCCCUCCACAAACCACCCUGCGGUCCUCCAGAUGUUUUAGGCGACAUCACCCAUUAUCCCGGUGUAAAACUCGCACCUGCUUGGGGAAGCCGGCCCUGCGGGGCUGUUGUGCACUGCAUGCAAAUUCAGGAGAUGCCACUUCUACCCAGGAUGGAGUGGUGCGCAGUAAUUAUUCCUGAUUUUCCUCCCAUAACAUGCCUUAUGGUUCCUGAUCUGAAGUAAUGAGGGAAUAGGGAGCGCCUGCUUCCUUUAAUUGCUUGAGGCCCCUAUCUGAAAAGCCUGUUCCAUGUUUUGCCUUUCCUUGCCUCCUGCUGCUGCUAUGUGUGCAGGAAGUAGAGAGUCUUACAGCUGGCGCUUGGUCCUGAGUGAGUCUGACCCACUGUCUCAGAUUUGGUGAUCUGUGUCCAGAGUGUUCUCCUCUUCUCCUCCUGGAGGAAAUGGACCCUUCAGUCUUUUCAGAUCUCCUGAGCUCAGAGAUAAACAGGAAGGUGCCUUAUACUGAGCCUAAACCAUUAAAGCAGGUGCUGUACCACUGAGCCACAGCCUUUCAUACAUGAGCUACUGCAAAAACCAACUCUGAUCUUCUGCUGCUGCUUAUGCAUGUUGCUUGGUUGCUGAUUUUAAUGUAUUUUUAAUCUUUUGUUGGAAGCGGUCCAGAGUGGCUGGGGAAACCCAGCCAGAUGGGUGGGGUACAAAUAAUAAAUUAUUAUUAUUAUUAUUAUUAUUAUACCAAAGAUUUACACAUGUGGAAGUGUUGUGGUUGCAAACAGGUUUCAUUUUACCACGUUAAAUGAAAACGGAAGUGAAAGUAAUCAUCUAAUGGGAAAAGAAGUGAUUCAUGUUCAUGUAUGAAUCAGCUUUUAAAGCUGUUAAUCUCCCUGCAACCUGCUCUCUCUAUGCUUCUGUUUCUGCUUGUUCUCAGUAAUAGAAAAGGAGAUGAUACGAUCAGAGCACAUAGCCUGAAGGAGUGAGCUGGAAUCUCUUGGCUUCUUGCUAGCCUACUGAGCAACUUUUCAGCAUGGCUUCAGCUGCUAUGGAAAGGCAGGCAGGAGAAUUAUAUUGGCAGUUGUGACCUUUUGCAUUGCCGCAUUUCCAUCAGGCAGAGCUCUUGUCUUUUAUUUCUGGCUGUCCUGUGAGAAUCCUCUCCUAUGAACUUGGGCUGCGCACUAGCCUGAUGGACACUUAUGGGCAAUGCUAAUGUGAAUCAAGCCAUCAGCUAUUUUUAGUUCCCGUGUGGGAAUAGCAUGUUUGUCAUUAAGCAUAUUCACGUCGGAGCAGAACAAGAAUCUUGUAAAACCUAGCAGAGUCCAAAACAAUAAAAUGCAAGGUUAUGGCUGGGGAACCAUUUGCUGACCAGGAGUUUAAAAAUAAACUUCCGUGAGAGAAAAAAGAAAGGCAAAUGAGUGUCAGUAUAUUACUGUUUAGGAAAAAUAAUGAUGGCUUCAUGCCACUUUCAUCUGAGUUGAUACUGCUGUGUCCAACUUCUGUCCAACUAGGACAGAAAAAAAGAAGGGGAGGGAUUUAGUGAUACAUUUGUGGGGAGCCAAAUCUGGGCAAAAUUCUUUCAUUGGGCCAUUUCUGUCAUUGCGUGGCCAAGCCGUCUUCUGCCAUGACUAUAGUUGCUCAUCUGCCAACUGGCUUCAAGUACAAUCUGGCAUCUAGCAGCAGAUAGUUGGAUGCGGUCCAGUAUGUGGUGCAUUAGAGCUCUUCCCCAGGGUUGGUUGUCUCUGCCAGUUUUCUUGCUUAUAUAUAUUUAGUUUUGUAUAGUGUUUCACUUGCAAAUCUUCAGCCAGAUCAGGGUAAUGGUUGUGGCUUGCUCACUCAUGUGCAGUUAAAUUUGCUUUAUCCUUGUAGUUUGGGGAAAAAAACCUUUCAGCACUCCCGUAAGUGCAAUGAAAGCAUUUUUUUAAAAAAACUUGCACACACACUUACAAGGAUUCCACAGACAGGUGUGGCUGAAGGUGCUGCAGUUGGGAAAGGCAGGAGGAACUUGAUGAGGAUGAUCUCACAUGGUGGAAGGUGGGAAUUAGUAGAAAUCUGAUGUUCACCAGUUGCUGCUGGGGACAAAAAUGUUGGUAUGCUAGUGUUAGAUUGCAGGGGAGAGCACCAUUUGUGAGGGGUUAAAUUACUUUGAGUGGAACUCAGCAAAAUUCUACUCCGAGUAAACCUACUGAAAUGAAUGAACCUGGGACUGGUGUUGGUAGAAAUAGCAAAUACCAUCCCAUGUAAAAGAAGCCCAACUUGCUACAGUACAUGAACUGGGACACAGACAGGGACCUAGAAAUUGUGUUCUUCCUAGCUAACCAACAUUUUUUUCUGUUUAGAAUCCCUUCAGAGAAGCUAUGAGCCUACCAUACCUGAAACAAAGCCAAUCAAUGUGUCCAGCCCCCAGGAGCCAGUGGGGAACCAGCUGGGUCCUCCAGGGGAACACAGUUCCCCUGAUGUUCCUGGAGAGUUUCCUGAAAGAGAGCAACCGGCCGAGGAGCCUACGACCCCCUUAAUGAACUACAAGGAAUAUCUCAGGAACGAAGCAUUCGGUUACCCCACGACAGCACCUCAACAGAGCCCAGAAGCUGAAGUUCAUGAGGCGAGUACUUCAACAGAAGCAGGUACCCCUAGUGACAAGCAUGAGGAGAGAUUCACGGAACAGAGGUGCCACCACUCUGUGGACCACGAGGAAUGGGAAAUCGUCCCUGAGCAUUCGGCGUGGGGAGAGGCCACGAGAAAGAGCAGCGUGGACGACGCAAGCAGCAAGGACCCAGAGCAAGCCAAGAGGGUUGCUGCCGUGUCUCCAAUGCCUCAGACUGUUCAUGUGACUUUUCGGGUACAUUACAUCACUCACUCAGAAGCCCAGCUGAUUGCCAUCACAGGUGACCAUGAGUGUCUAGGCCAGUGGCACCACUAUGUACCACUCAGGUGUGACAAGGAUGGGUUCUGGUCGGACUCUGUCGUCUUACCAGUUGAUACCAGAGUUGAGUGGAAGUUCAUAGUGGUGGAGAAUGGGAAAGUCAGGCGGUGGGAAGAAUGUGACAAUCGAACCCUGAUGACUGAACAUGAGGAUCGAGUGGCCCAUAAGUGGUGGGGAUUUCACUGAAUCUGGCCUAGCACAUGGGUUCUGUUUUUAUUCCAUUUCACUAUAGGGAGUUUUCCUGUUUUUGCCUACCUUAGUAUAUCUCUGUGCUGCAUGUUUUGCCAGAACUGCCUUAGAUUAAAGUGUCUCUGCUGCUAGCUUAGGCUUUUAAGAUAUGAAGAAAACUCUUCAAACUGAAUCAGACCAAAGCCUUCCUAGUGACAGACAUGUUAGAGCUGUCUAGUGGGUGGUGUUUCAAAACAGCUCCCUGCAUAAAAAAGCUUUAAUCCCUAAACUUGAGAUUGUACUAUGUGAGGAGACAGGAGCAUUGAGUGUGGACACUGGACUGACAGAGCAGGAGAAGGUGCAGUUAAACUACACUGUAACUGUCUGUUAAAAUGUUCUUAACUUAUCAUGACUGCAAAAGGAAACAAUAAAGAUUAUUUUUAGACUGGUGACCGUC